AAUUUCCACCAAAUCGACAUGACGGUCAAGGAAAAGCUACUGAAAGUGAAGCAAAAGUUUAAGCGAGGGGAUUCAUCCAGUGAUGUGGAUUCCGGCCCGGAGAGAGAUCGGGAUGAAGACGAUUCGGAUAACGAAUCGAGGAAUACAAGCAAGACGAGCAAAUCCAGCAAAAAGAGCAAAUCGGGAAAGAGCACGGGAACAUCGGAGAUGACUGAGCUAUCGGACGACGGUGGAUCUGACAUCGAGCUGCUGCCAGAUGAUGGAAAAAGCUUUGGAAAACGGAAACUGCAGGACACUGACAAGCCAUGUACCUGGAAUGUUCUUGUACGAAUUAUUGAGGCAAAGGAUGUCAGCACAGGAUCCGCAAGAGUUCGAACGAUCUUUGACGGAAAUUCAAAAAUGACAAGAACAGUUACUCAUGCAAUUCCAAAGUGGCGACAAAAUAUUCUCUACACAAUAAAGAACCAGCCACUGGAGAAGCUUGCUGCCAAAGUUUUGACUCUUCGGCUCGUGCGUCCUACAGCACUUGGUGAAUCAAGCGUCGGAGAGUUCAGCUGCUACCUCUCGGAAGUAAUUCACUCUCCCGACAGAUCUGUCAUUGCAAAAUGGGUCGCUCUGGGAUUUCCUGGAAUGGAUGACGAGGAACCGGACGAUAUCGCCUAUGAGAACUGUGGAUUCCUGAAGGUGACGCUCUCUGUGUACCGGAUCGACGAGUCACCACCAACGCUGAUUGAUGACGAUGGGAAGGAGCAAAUCUGGAGUGGAGCACAUCUCAUUGAUUAUACUCUUAAGAUCAGAGUGUUCUCCGUGGAACAGCUCAUCCGACAGAUGAUCAAUGAGAGGAAAAUCAAGAAGAAGCAAAGAUUCUAUGUGAUGGUUCAGUGUGGAGCACACAAGACCGAAACAACAAUGGAAUCUGCGUUUCUUGAUGAAGAUGCAAACAUCGCAUCAGUGAAGUUUGAGCAAGAGAUCUAUCUUCCAAUUCAAUGGCCAACUGUCAUCUCAGAGAUUAUUUUCUCAUUGUUCGACAAAAAGGGACGAGGCAAAACGUGCAUAGGAAAAGCCACUCUUCCAAUGAAAAUGAUUUACGAGCCAGGAGAGACUGGAUACCUUCCGACUUUUGGACCUGCGUUUCUCAAUGUAUUCGAUUGCGAACGCGUGACUCGAUUCAGCAUCUUCUCAAGAAAAAUGCGAGGAUCCCAGCAGGAUGGGAGCAGAUUUGUUGGGCGUUUGUUCAUUGCGAUCGAUUGUGUAGAGUAUAUGGAGAAGGCUAAUGCUCAGAUCAUGCAUCUUGAUCAUUCCCCAAUUAUGGAAGCCGAAUCGAUUUGUAAAAAUCUCGAAUGGUACAACUGCUUCUGUUCCAUGAGUGGCCUCAACAUGAUCAAUCCUCAAUUCGCAUCCGAUCCAGUCUGCAUAAUGAUGUCAAUCGGUUCAUUUGGAAGCACGAGCAACGAGUUCAGAUCAUGCAAUAGCUCAACACUGCCAGCAGAGCCAAACUGGGAUGGAUGCAAGUACUUCACGAUGCCAUGGGGAAAUCUCCGACCAGUUGCCGAAGUCAAUGCUCCGUGGGAAGUUAUUGAGCAUCGGAUUGAAAUGAGCAAUGUUCUCAUGAAAAUGACGAAUAUGCUUGAUACGAUGAUUUGGGAGGUUCGACGCAUUGGAAACAAAGCAAUCGACCAUGUUUCGUCAGUUGGAAUGGAAGCUUUGGAGUGCUUGGAGCAGCAAAUUGAUUCGGCUAGCAAGUAUUUGGGACGCAUCAACCCCGUUAGCAGCAACGCACUGGAUCGCCAUAUCCUUGACUACCGGAAGGAAAAGAUCUUGAAGCUGCGAGAGCAUUUUGAGAAGGAAGCCUUCAGUAUAGAUUAUUCUGAUGGAGAAGUCGAUGCGAAGCUGCUCCGAAUGCUUCUAAAAAUUCGAUCGAUGACUCUUGAGUUGGCAGAAGAUGUUCAAAUGACCAUUCCACCCGUUCUCAUCAAAAUGAUGUCCCAUGGGAAGUUGAUCGGUUUCGCCAAAAUCCCGAUUUCGGAGAUUUUCCAAUCGGAUGAUGAAGCUCAAUCAGGAGAAUGGUGUGGGAGGACCCGUGCUAUAAAUAUUCAAUGGCCGACUUUGGUGGAUCAGAGAAACAGGAAAAGAGAGCACGUCGCAGUACUCCAUGCAAAGAUGUGGUUUGGACGUACAGAUCAGCUCACAAAAUGGAAGGAGCACGUACAACCCGCAGACAUCCGUCGUUUCAUGGAAAUGUACGAAGUGCAGACGAAGGGACUCGCAUUGAAAUGGAAAGAUGAAGCUGAUAUUUACGAUGGGAAAUGGGAGAAGACGAAUGAAGUGCCUCUCGAAAAUGGAUGGAAUGCUGUUGGUCACUGGAUUGUGAUGAAUACUCGUCAUAUGUUUGUACCGAAACUUGGACAACACACGGUUCAUGACAAGGCUUUUGAAAUCCAGAAGAGAACUGAAGACGGAACGUGGAAACACUUUAAGUACACGGAUUGCUACGCCGACGAGUUGAAACCCAAGGAUCUUGACAAACAUGCGAAAGGAUGGGAAGUAGGCUCUUGGGCUCAAGACAAGUUUCGAAACAAUGGAGACGAAAAAGGAUGGGUGUACUCGACGAAUGGUGUCUUUUUUGGAAGCGGAGUCCUGACAGACCGAGAAGAAAAAGUUCACCACAACUUCAGAAAGCGUUGUAUCAAGAGGCCAAGGAAGCAUGAAGGCUAUAACAAGGAGUUGGAGGACUUUGAGCAUUUUCGGACAACGAUGGGAAAUGAGAAUUGGGAGUACUCCCCCAGCAAGAAGGAAGGCCCAUACCACGAUUUGGAAGACCGAACCGAUCGGAUCAGACGUAGACGAUAUGUACGAGAAGUUGAGAACAAAGACCCGGACAGUGAAGAUCCAAGAUUUCGCGUUUACGAAUAUCAAAUGCAAACUGGAAAAUGGCAACUGAGAUGCUAUAUCAUGUGGGGAAACGAUUUGCUGCCAGUUGUCAAGAACUCGUCUCGGGCAUUUGUUCGCAUUUCGUUUGCACAAUACUCAAAGCAGACGCUUCUCGUGGACAACUCUCAAAAUCCAAUUUGGAAUGAGACAGUCAUGUUCAAGUCAGUUCUGAUCGCUGGUGGAACUCGAGAUAUCAUGAAAUACCCGCCAGUUGUCUCUGUUGAAGUCGUUGGCGAGUGCUCAAACAAUGAGGAGGCAAACCUCGGACACUUCGAAACCAAACCAAACGUCAUUUGCGGAAAUACGGAUGUUCGUGGCACGCCACAAUGGUUUCCGUUGAAGUUCUCCAAUGGACGUACUCGUGGAGCGGUUCUUGCAUGCUUCGAGCUUUACUCAGAAGAAGAUAAAGAUUUGAUUCCACUGGAGCCAAAAUGCAAACACAAUUAUAAGGAGAGAAGUGAGAUCCCAACAGAGUUCAGACCACAGUUCGAUAAAUUCCACGUGCAAUUUUUAUGCUGGGGUGUGAGAAAUCUCAAGAAGCAUAAGCUUCUCGCCGUACGUCGCCCAUUUGUUGGACUGACAAUUGGGGAUCAAGAGUUCACAUUGCAACCUCUCAAGGAUGUCCGAAGAGAUCCGAACUUCCCUGAGCCCAUGAUUGUUUUUGGAGAAGUAAUCCUACCAUCUGCUCUUGAGCUAUCACCUCCACUAAUCAUCAAUCUCUUCGAUGCUAGGGCCUUCAAUCGUCAGCCAUUAGUUGGAUCAUGCUUGGUAUCUGAUCUCCAUAAAUACGUCUCACAUAUUGUUCCCAAGGUCAAAAGUGAUCACGCCGAAAGAUGGGAACAGUUGGAUUUGGUAAUUACGGAGGAGUUUGAUCAGAUCAUCAGGAUGGUUCGUGUUCCGACUUUAACAACUGAUCCUAUGGUACCUUUGGAUUGGUGGAGCAGAUAUUAUGCAUCGAUGUCACAAUUUCAUAGAUCACCGGGAUAUCCAGAAUCUGGCAUGGAGUAUGUACGUAUCUUCCGCCGACCACUUGAACAGAUGAACGGAUACAACAACUUCUCUGAUUUCCUGGACACAUUCCCGUUUGUCAAAUCAAUGAAGGGAGAUUUCGACGAUCCGGAAGAAAAAGAAAAGGCUGGAGAAUUGAAAUGCCGACUUCUCAUCUCGAAACUCAAGAAGGGUAAGCCUCCAGCUGCGAUAAAUACCGUUGUCGACUUCGUUGGACCAACUCGAUGUCUCGUCCGAGUUUACAUCAUCGAAGCAAAUGGGCUGAUCUCAAAUGCACGGAAAGGACGAGUCGACUCGUACGUUAAACUUCAUUGCGGAAAGCAGAACGUGAACCUGAAGAAGAACUACCGCUCAGAGUGUUGUGAUCCGAUAUUUGGAGAACGAGUUGACAUGACGGUUACGAUUCCGCUGGAGAAAGAUCUGAAAAUCACUGUGAUGGGCAAGCGGAGAAUCCUUUCGGAUCAAGAAAUAGGAUCAACUACAAUCGAUCUGGAAAAUCGUCUUCUCACAAAAUGGAGAGCAACUGGUGGGCUGAGUGGUCAGUUCACUGUACAAGGAGAGCUGCAAUGGAGGGAUCAGAUGACUCCAAUGGAGAUCCUGAAGUCGUACUGCUACAAGAUGAUGCUAUCAGUUCCAAAGAUUGAAAGUAGGCAGACGGAGAGAGGAGAAGAGAAGGGAAUUACCAUUGAGAAGAUCACAUUCUGGUUCAGUGAAGUUCUCCAUGUCUUUGAGAACGAAGAGAUUGCUAUGCUGAAUUCUCAACGUCAAAAAGCUGGAAAAGAAAAUUUCAGUGAUGGUUCUGAUCAACAAAAUGAGGACGUAUCAGACGGUAGUUGGGAUGAAGAGGAUCUAGAACGAGAGAAAGAGAAGCUAAAGUGGGAGAAGCAUCGGAGCAAGGGCAAGCCAUUGAAGAAGGUUACAACGGAAAAGGCAGAAACGGCUGAUGGAGAGUUGAGGAAGAAGGCGAAGAUGAGAAUAAUGGGAUCUCAGUUGCAAACAAUUGCUCUCUUCAUUCUCCGACAGAUGAAUUUGGUCCCAGAGCAUGUCGAAUCUCGGCCAUUGUUCUCGGAUAAAGGAGGAAGAACUCAGAAGGGAGAACUUCGAAUGUUCGUUGACAUCUUUCCGAUGGAAUAUGGCGCGAUUCCUGCUCCAUUCAACAUUGCACCACGGAAACCCAUCAACUAUCAGCUACGUAUCGCGGUCAUGGAUGUACGAGGAGCGAUUCCAGUCAAAAGAAGCUUUGCCGAGCCUGUCUCCGAUCUUUACGUCAAGGCAUUCAUCAAUGGAAUGACUAAGGGACACAAGACGGAUACGCAUUUCAGAGUUCUCGAUGGAACCGGGGAGUUCAACUGGCGUUUCCUGCUCAACUUCGACUACAAUCCUUGGGAGAAGAAGGUGGUCGCGUACACCAAAAACCGAUUCUUCUGCAAACCAGUGGAAGAACUCGUCGAUCCGAUUCUUGUCAUUGAGCUUUGGGAUAAGAACAAGUUCCGCAAGGAUCGUCUUCUCGGUGACAUUGAACUGGAUCUUCUCGAUUUCAUUGAGGGAAUCGGUUCUCCAUCCGACGUUGGUGUCUACUCAACAAAGAAGAGACAGCGUGGAGUGAAGUGUCCAAAGUGUUGUACCAGGAGAGGAUGUCUCUGCAAAUGCUGUAUCUUCUGCUUUGAGACCAAGUGCUUGUGUGGAAAACGCAAAGUGAAGAAGAAGCCAUUCCCGAAGCCUGUGUUGUUCGUGGAACCAGAAGGUUACGAUGAUACUGUGAACAUCUUCGAAUCUCGCAACUUGUACGGUUGGUGGCCAAUGCUUACCGAGGAGUAUCCACACGAGGAACCUCAGAAUGCCAAGAAGAAGAAUGAUGACGUUGGAAAGGAUCCUAAAUGGAUCAUGGGUCUUGUUGAGAUGGACAUGCUACUUCUCACCAAACAAGAAGCCGAUCAAGAGCCAGCUGGAAAGAAACGAUCCGAGCCGAACCACAGCCCAUUCUUGGAAAAACCUGAUCGGAAGUCAUGGGCCAACUCGUGGUUGGUGUCCCGAAUCAAGCCGUGCAUCAAGUAUUUCUGGCACUACUAUGGUCUUCAAAUUCUGCUCUGGCUCAUCAUUAUUGUUAUUCUGAUUCUCACAAUUUUCGUGUUGUUGCACACUUGGCCGACAAUUUUAGCCGAAAUUAUAAAGGCAAUUUUCUAAUUUAAUGCCCCCUCAUUUCAUACCCCCCCCCCAUAAUUUUUAUUUAUUAGUGCUUCCCCUAAUCACAAUGUAUUAUUGUUUCCUACAAUUAUUUUUUGCUUUGUUUGUUUGUUUCGUUUAAAAAGGAUCCUUGUUUCGUCAAAA